GGACACACGGACACGACACCCCCGACACCCCGGUGUCCGAACCCCCCCCCCCAGGAAUGGCUGGAGACCCACGGCCGAGCCCUGGGGCACUUCGUGGCCGGGACGUGGCUGAAGCCGCCGGGACGGGGGACGCUGCAGUGCCGGGAGGCCGCCACGGGGCGGCUGCUGGCGACGGUGCCGCGGGGGGAGGAGACCGACCUGGCGGCGGCCGUCGAGGCGGCGGUGACGGCGGCGACGCACUGGGGGGGGCUGGGGGGGCCCCGACGGGCCCAACGCCUGCAGCGGCUGGCGGCGGUGCUGGAACGGGGGGCCGCGGGGGUGGGGGCGGUGGCCGCGCUUUCGGGGGGGCGGCCGCUGUCCCAGACCCUCGGAUCCGACCUGGAACUGGGGCUGCGGCUCCUACGGGCGCCAGCGGGGUGGGCGCAGCUCGGCCCCCCCGGCUUGGGUGACUGGGGACCCCUCGGGGUGGUGGCCGUCGUGACGUCGGGUCCCUGCUCCGUGGCCGCGCUGCUCUGGAAGCUGGGAGCCCUCUUGGCCAUGGGCAACGCGGCCGUGGUGCUGUCGCCGCCCGAGGUCGCGUUGGUGCCGUUGCUGGUGGCCGAGCUGAGCGGGGAGGGGGGGGCGCUGCCCCCCGGCGUGCUCAACGUGGUGACGGGGACCCCCGGCCUGCGCCGCGCCCUCCGCGCCCACCCCCGCGUCGCCGCCGUCACCUUCCUCGGCCUCCGACAGGAAGAGGUGCAGGACGCGGUUUGGGGGUCCCCGUGGCAGGGACCGCGACUCGGGGUGACCUGGGGGGGUCGCGUCGUCGUCAUCGUCCUCGAGUCGGCCGACCUGGACAGCGCGGCCGCGGCCAUCGUGGGGAGCGUGGGGACCCCCCCUGCGCUGUUCCCGUGGGGCGGCUGCGUGGUGCUGGCGCAGGAGGGGGUGGCGACACCCCUGGAACGACGCCUCCGCGACCGACUCGGGGGGCUGCGUGUCGGGGACCCCCUGAAUCCCGGCACCGACGUGGGGCCGCUGCCCCCGACGGCCGCUCCCCCCGAGGGGCUGGCGCAGGCGGCGCGUGAGGAGGGGGCUGAGGUUUUCCAGCCACCGGUGACGCUGCCCCCGGGGGGGCCCUUCUACCCCCCCACCCUGCUCACGGGGGUGGCCCCCGCCUCGCGCUGCCUUCGGGAGCCGGCGCCGGUGCUGGUGCUGCUGCCCGUGCGCUCGCCGGGGGAGGCCGUCACCGUGACCUCGGGGCUGCCCCACGUGGCCGCCGGCGCCGUCUGGGCCCAGGACGUGACCCUCGCCCUCGACACGGCUGACAGGCUGCCCCUGGGGCUGGUGUGGGUCAACGCGCUCGACCCACUGGACCCGACGGGGGGGGGGGCCGGGGCCGGCGCCAGCCUGGAGGCGCUGCGAGAGUUCGGGCGCCCCCCCUGGGACCCCCCCCGGGAUGUGGGGAACAGACCUGGGACCCUCCUGGAGCUCAGCCCGGAACCGGUCCCAGGGGGGCCCGCAGCGGCCCCUGACAUCGCUGCAGCCGUGGAGGCCGCCCGCCGCGUCGCCCUGGGGUGGGGGCGGCUGUCGGGGGCGGCUCGUGCCCGGGUGCUGCGGGAGGCAGCGGCGGCGCUGGGGGGAGCCGGGACCGCGGGGCCCCCCCAAAAGGACGGCGGCGAUGAUGACGACGGCGGCGAUGAUGACGACGGGCGGCUGCGGGGGGCGCUGCUGCGGUGGGCGGUGCACGUGGAGCUGAUGGGCGGGGCCGUGCAGGAGGUGCCCGGGGGGCGGGCCCUGGUGAUGCGGAGGCCGCUGGGGGUGGUGGGCGUGGCCUGGAGCGGGCCACGCCCCCUGCGGCGCGCGCUGGAGCUUCUCCCCCCGGCGCUGGCGCUCGGCAACGGCCUCGUGGUGGUGGCGCCCCCAAGCGGCGUGGGCCCCGCUUUGCGCCUGCGGCAGGUGCUGGUGGCUGCGGGGCUCCCUGGGGGGGCCCUGACGGUGCUGCCGGGGGGGGCCGAGAACCACGGGGCGACGCUGGCGCGGCACCGCCCCGACGGACUGUGGCUCUGCGGGGGGGGCACGGUCCCCCUCCUGCUCCUCCUGGCCGUGCCCCCCCCCGGCGGCUGCUGCUCCUUCGACUUCAACCCGGUCAGCAGCACCUUCAGCACCCACGUGGAUGCCCUGAUCCCCAACCUGAUCCUGGACUACCCCGUGGCCAUGCCGAGCAACCUGGCGACGGACAGCCGCUGCUCCGACCUUUGGGGGCUGCACUUCGGGGCGGCGGCGCUGGCACGACUGGUGGGGGUUGCGGGGGGGGCGCUGGCCCCCCAACUCCGGGCCAUCGCCGCUCACAUUGCCUUCGUGGCCGAGUGCCACAUCCACGACCCCCAGGGCUGCAUCCGGCUGGAGACGGUGAACGUGUCGCAGCUGCUGGGAGCCCUCGUGCAGCACCUGGGGGGGCUGCAGGGCCGACCCCCCCACUUCCCUGGCUGCGCCCGCCUGCGCUGCCGCCCAGCCCCCCCGUUGACCACCCCUGCGGUACAACACGAGAGGACCGAAGGGUUCAAACCGGGUCCCCCCGCCCCCCCCAUCCACGGACUGGUGCUGCUGGGGGGGCUGGGGGGGGCCCUGGGCCUGGCGGCGGUGGCCUGGGUGCUGUGGAGACGGCCCUGCGCCCAGCCCUUGCAGGGGAUCCCGGCAUCGGAGCAGGAUGGGACCUGAGCGGCUGAGAGCGGAGUCAGGGAUGGAAUCGGGACGCUGGUGCCGCGGGAUCGGGGCUGCUGGAGAGACGGGGACCCCCCCCUGGAUCCCCCCCGGAGGCACGGAGGGACUCGGGGGUGGGGUGGGGGGCACAGGGGGACCCUCUGGGGGCCGUGACGGGGCCCCUCAGAGCCACAGAGAGACUGGGGGGGCCCCGGUCCCCCACGGCCACCCCACAGGGCCCAUAAAGUUGAU